AUGUUUAUUAAUAAAUCUAAAAAGCCUUCGUUAUUGUAUGUUGAAUGUAAAUCACGAGAUAUUUCAAGAAGAAAUUCUAGGAUUAGUGAUUUACUUAAUGAUACUAUGAAUAAGGAAAAUUCAAAUUAUUAAUCCACUUAUAUUCCAAAUACUGCUAAAAAGAUUGAUAGAACUGUAGGAAGUUUAAACAAGAUGUAUAAAUAAGCAAUAUAGGAUUAAUAAAAUUUAUAAGAGUAGGCAUCAAUGUUAAUGGAAGACUUAAAUGGGAAGUUAUUGUAAAGAGCCGAAUUGAUUGGUCAAGUGGAAGAAUUAGAGGAAUUAAUAGAAUUCCAUAAAAUAUAAAGUAAUUUUGAGUUUACUUUUGCAACUAAAAUUGAAUAGUUAGACCUACAAAUAUAAUAGUUAAAAAAAUCAUCUUCAUUUAAAUUAUCAAGUAACACAGCAGAUUUGAUUAGAGAUAGAGAAUUGUAACAUAAAGUAUUAAAAGAGAAAAUAAAUUAAGAAACAACACUUGCUAUGACCACUUAUAUGUAACAAUGGGGUAAAGUAUUAUUUUCUAAAUAUAAGGUCAUUAAUUUGAAGUUAUCAAGAAUUAAUAUGGUAAAGAAGUGUACUAAUAAGUUUUGAGAGAGUAAGAAUAAUAAAUCAAUUAAUUAAUUUCACAAUAAUAUAAUAAAAAAAUAUAAGGAAUUAUUUAGAUACUUAGAAAUCAUGAAAAAUUAGAAAAAGCUAUUCAAUUAAAUAUUGAUUACGUUGAUACAUAAUUAAAUGAAGAUAUUUUUAUUAUCAAAUAAACAAUGAAUCAAAAGAAAUAAUUAGUUCAAAAUAUUAGAAAUAAUCUUUUAGAGGAAGAUUAAUCUAAAUUCUAAUUAUUAAAAAGAGUUGAAGUAUUAGAAUAAGAAAAUCAAUAAUUAGAAUAAUAAUUAAAUGAAAUUACUAUGAAGAAAGAUCUCUACUAAUAAGAAAUCUUAAAUAAAUAAAAAACUGAAGAAAUUUACAAUGAAAUUCUAACAGGAUUUGAUUGUUUAUCAUAAAUUGAUAAUGAAGAUUAAAAAAGUGAUAAUAGUAAUUCAUAACUUAGAAGUUGUUCAAAUAUACUAAGUAAUAUUAAUAAAUAAACUAAAAAAGUCUUAAGUAAUCACUUAAAUAAGGAUGAUUCCUUACAUUUUAGUUAAUUAUAAUAAUAUUUACAAAUAAACAGUAUAGAUUGUGAAACAAACUCAAAAACUUCAUCAGCUUGUUAAUUAUCAGCUGAUGAUUCUUUAUUAUAACAUUUUAAUGAAUUAAAUUUAACUUUACUAUAAUCUGAAAAGUCUAAAAAUAAUUAUUGUAAUAUGCCUUUGUAGUAAUAAUAAUAAUAAUAAUAGUAGUAAUAUUAAGCUUAAUAAUAAUAAUAAAUUUAAUACAAUUAUUUUAAUUAAAAGAAUUUACCUAUUGAAAAUUAGACUUAAUAGAUUGAUUUUAUUAGAUUAUAAACAAUUACAGAAGAAUAAUUAAGUUCAAAAAGAGAGAAAUCUAAGAUGGAAUAAUCUACUAAAAUAAAUACAACUCCUAUUCAUCAAAAUUAUUUAAAUCUAAACAAAGUAUAAGUGAAUGAUAAUUCAUCUUAAAGUACUGGAGUUCAAUUAUCUGAAUAGACUAAACGAUUUUCUUAUAAAUUAGGUUAAUCAUAAUUGUAAAUGACAAAUUGUAAUGAAGUCACACAAAAAUAAAUAUCAAUCCCAUCUCCAUAUAUGCCUUUAUUUUUUAAUAAUUAACCUUCUAAUCCUUAAACGUAAAAAAGUUAAUAACCUUAAGUUUUUAAAUUUAAAGAAUAAAAUUCAUUAUCAGAAUAAAUAUAAAAACAUAAAAAAUCUAAAUCCUUUGAUUCAACUGCUAAUAAAGAAAUCUAAUAAAGACAAUUAUUUUGCAAUAUUUCCACCAAUAAUGGAUAAACAUAAUCUUAUAAUUCAAAAGACUCUUAAUAUCUCUCAAAUAAAUCGAAUCAUUUAGUUCCUAUUGAAUAAGAAAUACUCAGAAUAACAAAACCUUUAUAGAAGGGUGUAUUGAUCUAUAAAAGAUUUUCAUCAACUAAACCAAAUUUAACUAAAAUGGAAUUUGAUCCAUUUACAUGCUAAAAUCCAAAUAUUUGUGGAUAUUGUCCAAGAAUUAUAGCAUUGUCUUAAAACUUUAAUAAAAUUGAAUUCAAAAAUUAAAUGAAAAUAAAUGUAUAAUAUUUAAUAUUAUUUAGCAAGUUGAUUCUUUUCUUUAAUUAGAUUAAAUUAUGAGAGUAAUUAUUCCAAAAACAAUUUAAUAGAGUAUUCAAAUAAAAAAAUAAAUAUAGAAUAGAUUUAUUUUAAGCUAAGAAGAAAGGAUUGUUUGCGGAAUAGUUUAUUGGCCUAUGUCAAUAAUUACUUAAAAUGAUGGUAGAAUUGAAUUAUUGUUUGACAAUGAGGAAAUAUUAGAAUAAUGGUAAACAAGUCUUAUUUUUCUUAAAGAUAACAUUAAAACACUUUAAAUCAUCAAUAAAAAAUUAAAAAAAUGA